UUAGUCAGUCAAGUGCUUCGAACUGAUAGCGAAAUGGAGGCGCUCACUACCCUCAAGAGUUUGAUCGUCGUUUUAAGUUUGUAUUUCAAUCCAGUUACUCCAUAUGAAGAUAACGUGACCACCACAAAUCUACCACGCGACAUAGCUGAAGAUGCCGCUCUUACAACGGUUGGCCUAAUAUUUAAAUAUGGAUUCCCAGUUGAAAAGUACAACGUUACAACUCAAGAUGGAUACGUGCUUGAAGUUCACCGUAUUCCUAAGCCUGGCAAGCAGCCUGUGCUUCUGCAGCAUGGGUUCUUAGACUCGUCAGCUACUUUUGUAUUGAUGGGACCAGAUAAAGGGUUAGCUUAUAUUUUAUCCCAGCAAGGAUACGACGUUUGGCUAGGGAAUUCACGAGGCAAUCGGUAUUCCCGGAAACAUGUUAAUAUAUCGGCGGACGAUGAACGAUUUUGGAAAUUUAGCUGGCAUGAAAUGGGAGUGUACGACUUACCGGCAGUUAUUGACUUUAUCCUUCGCAAAUCAGACUUUCCCAAAUUGCAUUAUAUUGGACAUUCGCAGGGAACAACUUCUUUUUUCGUUAUGUGUUCACAGCGCCCAAAUUAUAAUUCGAAAAUUCUGUUAAUGCAAGCUUUCGCCCCCGUCGUAUAUUUCUUCAACGUACGGACGCCUUUUAAAACUCUUUUGAAGAAUUCUUUGGACACUAUGUCGUUUGCAUCUUCGACACUAGGUCUAUAUGAACUUCUUCCCAAUUUGAAGCGACUUUCGAAUUUCAGUCAAACUGCCUGUUGGGAGCAUGUCCAAACUCAUAAAUAUUGCUCCAACCUGUUAUUUAUUUUGGCCGGUUAUAAUGAGCCGCAGAUGAAUAUGACUAUGCUGCCAGUAGUGUACGGACAUAUUCCAGCCGGGGCGUCGAUCAUGCAGUUGAUACAUUACGGCCAAAUACUGAAAUCAGGAGUAUUCCAACAAUACGACUACGGCCGGCUCGCGAACUUUCUACGCUAUCGGACAUUCGAACCACCUCGAUAUAAUCUCUCUAGGGUAACUGCACCUGUCAUCCUGCAUUAUGCAGACAAUGAUUAUCUUAGUGCACCGGAAGAUGUUGAGACGUUGGCCAAGCAGCUCCCUGGAAUCGUUUCGAAAAGGAUGGUACCCAUGCGACGAUUCAAUCACAUUGACUUCAUUUGGGGGAUUAAUAGUAAAGAACUUCUUUACUCUCAUGUCAUAUCCAAUAUGAAAAAAAUUGAACUGGGACGUUAGAAAAAUGAGUUUUUUGAACAUAGUGUGUCAGCAAUCUUUUUGUAUCAAUACUGGAAUAAACGGUUUUGCACAGUC